AUGAGAGAUGACAAUUCAAGCAAGAACAAGCUGUCCUGGUCCAAGACCCUUGUUAGGAAGUGGUUCAACAUCAAAACAAAGGCGAAGGACUUCCAUUCGGAUUAUGCAGCUGACGAAGUCGGGGUGCAGUGGAGGACCAGCUUCUCAGAUAGAGAUGCAUGCAAAUCCAAGAAAAGUAGGACAGAGAGGUUGCCUAAGCGGAAUGUGGAGCGAGAUGGUAGAGUAGGAAAUGGAUUUGAUGGUGCUUAUAUUACAAACACUCAGGACUACAGGGUCUUCGUUGGUACGUGGAAUGUGGGCGGAAGGUCACCAUCUAGUCAUUUGAAUCUGGAAGACUGGCUUCAUACUUCUCCUGCUGCUGAUAUAUAUGUGAUAGGGUUUCAGGAAAUUGUUCCCUUGAAUGCUGGUAAUGUUCUAUUGACUGAAGACAAUGGUCCAGCGAAGAAAUGGGUUUCUCUUGUUAGAAAAACUCUAAAUAAUCUUAACCAACAAGGCUCUGGUGUUUAUAAUUACCACACCCCCUCACCAGCUCCAGAUCCAAUUGUCGAGCUCAAUGUUGACUUUGAGCGAUCAUCAAGAAGGCAAAGGAACUCGUCAUUUUUCCAGCGACGUUCAUUCCAAUCCUUCAAUCGUAGUUCAAGGAUUGACAUGAUGGAUCCACACUCGUUAGUGGACCGUCGUUUCAGUGUUUGUGACCGGAUUAGCUUCGGGAGCAGGCCAAGUGAUGUUGACACCAGUAUGAGGUGUGGUGGGUCAUCUGAUGAUGAGAAUAUUGACGAGGAAUCACCUAGUGGUAUAUUCUUCCCACCAAUGCCAUGUGCAUAUGGUGCUCCACUAUGCACUGAUUCUAGGUAUUGCUUAGUUGCCAGCAAGCAAAUGGUUGGAAUUUUCCUCAUGGUGUGGGUACGAAGUGAUAUAAGGGAGCAUGUGAAAAACUUGAAGGUUUCAUGUGUUGGUAGAGGACUGAUGGGCUACCUUGGAAACAAGGGAUCCAUAUCAAUCAGUAUGUCUCUGCAUCAGACAAGCUUCUGCUUUGUUUGCACUCACUUAACAUCAGGCCAAAAAGAUGGCGAUCAACUUAGACGAAAUGCAGAUGUAGUGGAAAUCUUGAGGAAGACCAGAUUCCCGCAUGUUCAUGGAGCAGGUGACAAAAAGUCACCAGAGACAAUUCUGGAUCAUGAUCGUAUUAUUUGGCUUGGGGAUCUGAAUUACCGGAUAGCUCUUUCCUAUCGCUCAGUGAAGGCUUUAGUUGAGAUGCACAACUGGAAACAGUUGUUGGAAAAGGACCAGGCUGGAAAGAAGGGAGGAUUUACUUUCCUCCCACGUACAAAUACUCAUACAACUCUGAUAGAUAUGCUGGCGAUGACAUGCAUCCAAAUGAGAAGCGAAGGACACCAGCAUGGUGUGACCGGAUUCUAUGGUAUGGACGAGAUACUCGAGGAGAUGCUUUCUGAUUGCAAGAUUAUUAGGAAUAUUUGCACAGUUUUGAAUCUAACCAUCUGCGAGUCCCGGUUUACUGGAGAAAAAAAGGAGUGUUUUUGUGUCAAGAUAAAGCUUAUCCCUAACAUUCUGAAGCUACUACAGCUAGUCUACGCCUCCAAGUCAGCAGUCAGUACCAUGCCAUAUGCCAAGGCAAAGAAUAGGCAGCAGCAGGCCAUACCUGUACAACUAAAAAGGCAGCAGCCCCCGUUGCCGGCGCCGCGCGACCGACCCGCAAGAGGACGCGCAUGGCUAUGGGCCGACGACUACGAGGAGACCAGCCUCCUCGGCACGGGCGCCUUCGGCUCGGUGCACAAGGCGCGCCACCGCGGCACCGGCCGGACCGUCGCCAUCAAGCGCCUCGCCGCGGCCGACGGCAGCCAGGUGGCGCUGCUGCGGGAGGCGUCCCUGCUCGAGGCGAGCGGCCGGGACAACCCGUACGUCGUCGGCUUCCACGGCCUCGCCCGCAGCCCGGCCACCAUGGACCUCUGCCUGGUCAUGGAGUGCGUCGGCCCGAGCCUCUACGACCUCCUCCACCAGCGCCGCUGCGACGGGAUGCCGCCGCUGCCCGAGGCGACGGAAGCCAUGCAUGUGCAGCAGCGAAUACUUACCGGCCGCCCAGUGACAUUUGUCCGGUCUAUAUGCGGUGCGGUCAAUAGUACCAGUGCAGUCAAUGAGGUGGUACAGCAAGAGCAGGCUCCUCAGUGCCUGGACCCACAACAAUUGAAGGCUUUGGCUUAA